GUGAGGAGGUCUCGGCAGCGCGCCUUUUCGCGAAGCGGAAGGAUGGAGAGCAUUGCUGGAGUGAUGUUUUCGCUCUCGCCAACGCACUCUUGCAAUACGAGCAGAAGACCUGGGAAUCCCAGUCAAAGUUGCGAAGCUUCUGCCGGUCCAACGGCUUGAUCCAGCCGGUGCUUCAGCAGCUCGAGAGCGCAAGGAAGCAGCUCAGCCACUCGCUUCGUGACCUCGGUUGCCAUUCCGUGCAGGCAGAAACCGCCGGGACUGGGGAAGAGGAAGGUCUGCAGGAUGACUUGGAGUCUGCCUGGCCGGUGAUUCAAACGAUGCUGACCUUUGCGUAUGGCUGGAAUGUGGGCAAGUUGGAGGGCGGACGGAAAGUCAACGCGGGCUGGUCUAAGCCCGCCCGGCUCGGCAAAAACUGCGUCCUCGUGGACGAGGACCCCCCUUGCAGCUUGCUAUCCUACGUGGAGCUCACCUGCACAGGGGGCCGCGUCCUGCGCAGCGCAAGCAUGGUGACGCCACAGCAGUUGCUCCUAGCUGGUGGUUGUCGUGGCAGUUUCUGGCAAGAUGGCCAGGUGGUGCUGGAAGACUGGUUGGAGAUUCGCGCCGAUUACGAAUCCGCUGCUCUGUUGGCAGCCUUACGCACAGCAACCACUGAAAUCCUGCAACGAGCUGCGACAUGGUCCCAUGAGGCCUGGUCCUCCAGAGAAAAGACGUGGUAUGAAGAUCGACGGGAAGAUUUUGGCUGGCCAGAGGAGGUCCUGAAGUGGCAGAAGUGCAUCACCCAAGUGGCCUGCCUGCCCCUACCGCCGCUGAUGUCGGUGUGGGACACUGUAUGCAGUUGGGCGAUUGAGGAACUACCGCCGUCCCCUGCCGCGCUGCCACCGUCGGACCUUCUGGCUUUGCCACCCCCGACGCCACCACCGAGCAGUUUCUGGGACGAGGGGACAGAAAGCUUCUGGGACGAUGAAUGGUAUCCUGUACAUGGGUAG